AUGAACCGGUUCUCGCGGAAUCGUGUAUCUGCGAGCGGGGCUGCUCCUUCAUCAGGGGCUGACACCACGGACAAUGAAUAUCAUCCCCACGUGGUGGAUGUCUUAGAUGUUAUCGAUCCGGAAGUUUCAGCACUAUCGACACUAACAAACGUCCAAAAUUCCUUGUUCGUGCCCAAUCUGGGCCCGUUAAUCAAUCGCAACCAGACCUAUGCACUUUCACCGCCGAGAGAGUCCUCGGAGUCGACUGGGGAGGAAACGACGGAAACAGAAGAGGGCGAGGAAACAUUCGAGAAAUCUCCCGAAGGCCGUCCAUCACUAGAGCGACCUCUAACAAGUCUAUCGGCAGUUUUGGGGAAACAAGAUCCACAGUUUGCCGUGUUACCUGAAGGAAGCAAUCUCGAGGGCUGGACUGCGAGAGACAUAGAAGAACUGAACGAUCAUGUCAGGCACAUGUUGCAUUCUCGUCGUUCAAAGUUCAAACGGGCAAUGAAGGGCUUUGGGAAAUAUGUUUCUAAACCUGCAGCGCUGGACCGCUUACUGACCGUUGGCCCUGUAGCACUCGGGUUCCUCAUUACCCUAUACGCAACCCUCAUUACUCUGUUCGGUCUUGCCUGGGUGCUGUUUCUGAUUGGUUGGAUUAACGUCGGUGGGCGGCAGUUGUACAUCAUCAACGUAAUUGACAACGUUCUUGUCGCCUUGUUCGCCAUUAUGGGUGAUGGGCUAGCACCGUUCCGUGCGAUUGACACAUACCACAUGUGUUUCAUUGCUCACUACACAUUCCAAACAUGGAAAGUUCGUCGAAAGCGUCAACUUCCAGAUCUGAAAGAUAAAAAUGACCUACCUACUCGUCGCGAGAUCGAUGUCGACGUCGAAUUCGGGGAUACACCUAAAGACGAGGAGUAUGAAUUUACUGUACUGAACCGUCUGCAGCAGCAAAAGUUGGUUCACCAUCAAACCAAAUUGUCCAAGUCCCACACCUUCUACAAACCUCACGAAACCCUGACUCACCAUGCCUUCCCUCUUCGCAUGCUCAUCGCCAUUGUUGUCCUGUUAGACUGUCACUCCUUGCUUCAAAUCGCGCUCGGCGCCUGCACAUGGGGCAUCAGUUACCACCACCGCCCCUUCGCCCUAACUACUGUCAUUCUUUGUUGUUCGAUUACUUGCAAUAUCACCGGCGGCGUCCUCAUCAUGGUCGGUGACCGAAGGACACGGAAGAAGGAUGUGGUGGAACGGCUGUUCCGUGAGCAACUCACUAAGGAAGCGAUGAAGAAGGUCUGCAAAAAGAAACAGAAACGGCAACAAAAAAUUGAAGAAGAGGACGAACCACGAUUAUCGGUUUCCACGCGUCCUCAACCCUAUGACGGAACAUAG